UUAAUUAAAGAACAUGAAAUCGAACCAGUUACUUAUACUCCAAAAGAAACAAUAUCAACGACGGUUUAUAUGCUUUAUAGCUCUGGAACUACUGGAAAACAGAAAGGUGUUGAAAUCACACAUAGGAAUUUGGUUGCUAGUUUAGUGCAAUUUAGAGAAUUUGAAAAGGAUAUCAGCUCACACAGCAUUCUCAUGGGAGUAAUGCCAUUCUCCCAUGUAUACGCAUUAAUAUGUGUUGUCCAUAUAGCUCUUAUUCGUGGUGCCACCACUGUUAUUUUGCCUAACUUCGAUGUAAAGACGUUUUGCAGUUGCAUCCAAAAGUACAAACUUAAUUACAUUCACGCCACACCACCGAUUAUACUUACACUUGUGAAAGAUCCGAUUGCAAAAACAUAUGACCUAUCAAGUGUUAAGGUUAUCGUGUCCGCAGCAGCUCCGUUAGGAAAUGAACUUGAACGUGUAUUUUUUAAUAUCUUUAAUAUACCGAUUAAACAAGCUUAUGGUAAAAAUAAUAAUAAUAAACAGGUCGAUUACCGCCUUACCGAGAUAACAAUUUCACAUUAUUCUGACUCGAAUAAUAUGGUCUCAGGUUCCUGUGGAUUGCUCAUGCCAAAUAUGAGCGCAAAAAUAUUAUCUAAUGAUGGUCAUGAGUUAGGACCUAAUAAUCCUGGCGAACUAUGCAUUCGUGGGCCAACUGCCAUGAAGGGUUAUCUCAAGAAUAAAGAUGCUACAGAUGCCAUCUUUGACAAAGAUGGCUUUCUUCACACGGGGGACAUCGCAUAUGUUGACAACCAAGGAAAUUACUUUAUAGUUGAUAGAAAGAAAGAAUUGAUCAAACAUAAUGGAAUUCAUGUUGCCCCAGCUGAACUAGAAGAAAUUUUACUUACACAUCCUAAAAUACUUGAUGCAGCAGUAAUAGGCUAUUAUUCUGAACAAUGUCAAAAUGAGUUUCCCGUGGCAUAUAUUGUAACUAAGUUAGAAAAAAAUCAAUCUCUCAAAAAUGAAAUUUUAAAUUAUGUGAAUA